AUGUCGAUGAUACAAAUUAGCCGGAGUACAUUGCAAAAACUAACCCAUGAGUCGUUGGAAAUUCGAUUGCGGGCCCUGGAUCAAAUUGCAGGCAAAUUAGAGCGCGCGCUUGAACUCAAUGAGAAAGUGGAUGUAAAAUUUGUGGAAUUGUGUAAACAAUUGAUUCGAUGGUUUGGCUUUACACCCAUAAGGACGCCAUUAAAAGUAUUAAAGCUAUUAAAAUCACUAUUGCACUCGGAAAGCUAUGGAGAUAGAAUCAUUCAAAGAAUGGGAGCAGAUCGUCUGAGGAAAGAGUGUCGCAAAAUUAAAAUAUUGUUGGAACAGCAAAAUGAGGAAUUGCAAGUCGUACAAGAAAUUCUCGACUUUCUUAAGUGUUGUGAGCGGAAGGCGGAGGAAAACAAGAAGAGCGAUGAUAUGGAAGAACUGAUGAGGGCAACAAAACGCCUUAGCAUACAAAAUAAAUGUGGGAGUAGAGACGACAAAGAUGAGGAAGUGUAUUCCCUUGAGGAUUAUGAAGUUCCGUGGAGUAGUCCAAGUAGAAGUGAUUACACCUCCCUAAAAUUAAUGGCAGAUAUUUUGAAAAAUCCUUCGGCCACAGAAAUGGAGUUACAUCAUGCCCUGCAGCAUUUACAAUUGACUAUGAAGGAUUAUCCAGCUGAGUAUAUGUUACAGGCACCACAUAUAUUUCGCCAUCUACUGCAGAUAUUUAAUAAACCUCAAAUGAUGGAAAAGCUAACAGACGCUACAGCAUCAACCGUGUAUGAGUUCUUGCAAUGCUUGGAAUUACGUUUGGAAUAUAGAAAAAAAUCAUUAAAUUUCCCAUAUGCGGCAAGCACCAUAGAGGAUUGUCAAAUUGAAAAACCUUCACAACUAAGGGUGGGAAAAGCUUUAGCUCAGCUCCUAGAGUCAUGCAUCGAUUAUUGGGAAGAAUAUGGUAAUGAAUCAAUAGUGAUAUGGGAAAUUAUGUUCAAAAUACUAAAUUUAUAUGUCAUUAUAAAAGAAGAAAUUAACGACAACGCUUUACGCAAACUUGGCAGGAUACUGAGUAAACUUUGCUUGCAGUAUACCGCAACGGAACAAUGUACCCGUCCACGGUUACAACAGAUGCAAAUAUUAUUUUUCCUGCAGGAUGUGGCCAGUAUCAAUAAUCAAUUUAGGCCUCUCAAAUCGGUGGAGCUGUACGAACCAAUAUUAAGGGAUUAUUCCAUAAAAUGCUUGUAUCCUGAACGUUAUCUAAAACUACGUGAAAUAUUAUGGAAAAAUGAACAACGUUUAUGGGAUAAAUAUCAGCUCCUAGAUAAAUAUGAGACAUCUUUACGCAAAGCUAUUAACUUACUGAUCGAUGAUACAACCUCAAGGACCACUGGUGUGGAACUUAUUAAAAAUGGGUCCAGUCUUGUUUUGAUGUUAGAUAAAAUUCAUUCCAAACAACUGCUUGAUAUUAUAUUUAUGAAUAUAGUUGAGUCUAUACCCCACUAUCUUAACAACGAAGAACUAAAGUCGAAAGCAAUACAACUCUUAAUCAAAUUACUCAACAUAUCAUUCAUGCCCUUGAAAGUAUAUCUGCACGAGAGACUCACAAAUGUUUUCAAACGCCACAUUGGUUGUCUAAUGAAUGGAGAACGUUAUCUAAAGGAAUGUGAAAACUCGGCUCUACUAGUUGCCGGUAUUGUUGGCAUACCCUUGAAUACUCAUUUGUUGUUGCAUCUACUACACAAUGGCUUUGAAAGUGCAGAUGAGAAAAUUCAAAUUUCUUGUUUUAAAAUAUUGGAACUUUUACUACAAUCUCAAUCACUGUUUGGAUCAAAAUGGAGUACUUUUCUACCGACGUUAGUUCCAAUUCUACCACUCCUAGGCUGUUGUACCUUUUCCAAAAAGAUACUAGAAUUGUUGCUUAAACUAUAUGAUCCUGAUUCCAGGCGUUUACCCUAUGUUAGUGUCUUACAAGGCAACAUUGCAUUUUUAUUCCACAACAACAACGAAAGACGUUCGGAAGCCCUGACAAGACUCUUGUACAGCCUGAAUUCAUUGAAGGGCAGCGAUAAAUAUAUGCCAAAUCUUAUGCAUAUAAGCGACACAUUACCCAAUGACAUUUGUAUGUUAACAUCACCGAGGGAAUAUCGUCACAUAUUCAAUGAUAUUUCGCCAUUGCGUCCUGAUGCCGUCUCAACAUUAAAUAAUCUCUUUCAUUUGUUGGAUUCGCCAGAUGUUGAGCCGUUGAUACGUAAAACCACAUUAAUGCAAAUCAAUGUAUUAUGUUCCAAUUGGCAUGUAACUGGUGAAUUGUGUAAUGCUGGGGCUUCGUUUUUAAUUUUACAAGCAUUGGAGAAUGCCUUGCAGAAUGAGUCAUGCUUAGAUUACCCCGACACUGCCAUACCUUGUAUCAGUAUACUUAAUAAGAUUCUAUUCUACGAUUCCACGGUACGAUGUGAAAUUGCUGAGACCCCAAACAUUUAUGUGCUCCUGUUACGCGCUCUGUUUAUGUUUCAUCAUGACAUCCAGGUUAGACAAGAUGCCACAAUGUGCCUCUUUCAAUUGUUGUUCUCACAUCAGUUGGUUGCCACCGAGAGAAGUGUAGAAGGACCUUUGAUUUUGGGUAACAUUCACAUGCCUUUCGAUAUAUAUUUACGUUCAGCUCUUGCCGCAGCAGAUGACAGUGAAACGGAUUUUCAAAAAAUUGCCGCCAUCUUUGCCAGUGUACAAGAAGAAAAUCAAUACUGGCGUUUUGUUAUUGCCGAUGCCUCGUGUCAUGGUAUGGUAAAUAUAAAUCCCAAAUCUAUGAUAAAGCAAUCACAGUUAGAUAUAAAUGAAGAUUUGAAACUUAACAGUCAAGAUGUAAAAUUAAUACGAGCCACUCAACCUGGAGUAUCACUUCAACGACUGAUUAGAGCUGCCACCAAUGCAACGGAUCACAGGUCUCUAAUACAUGCCUGUUCGAUGUUGAAUCAACAAUUACUUUUGCCCAGGCUUCCUCAGACAUUUCUCUUGGGUGCCGAAUCAAGUCAAGCAUUGGGUACCAUGCUAAACAAAUAUUUACAACUACAGCCAAGUAAUGACAGUGAUUUGGAACUUUAUCAGUAUUUAGUGGAUGUUUUGCUAAGCUGUCUCAAGAUACCAGUAACCAACAUAGCUGCUGAAUUUAUAAAAAUUCUACAUAAAGAUGUGCGACAUGCUUUUAUAACAAUGCUUACACAACAACAAGAAAUUGAGCUUGGAGUUUAUUACAAAAUUUCCCACGUAUUGAAGUACCUGAUUAUACAUCACAAGGAGGUGUUUGAAAGUACCCUGUCUCCAUCCGAGAGCAGUGCAUUUUUCAGUAAUCUUUUUGAUUUGCUUAUGGAACGGACACUACAACUAUUCGAAGUACGAGACUUGCAACGGGUACGUUGUUUACUAUCGUUGUUAUUGUCCCUUAGUACAUGCUAUUUAGAUAUGCCCGACAAAUUGCUAUUUUAUUAUUGUCGUCGUUUUAUGCAGCUAUCACUGGCACUGAAAUCGUUUACCCAAACUGGAUCACAAUGGCAUCGUGAUUGCCUGAAAUCCAUAUUAAAUCUUUCAAGCCAAAUGACAGAAUCGAAAUGCAAUUUUCGCCUGGCACCUGGAGUGGUGAAAUAUAUUGGUGGCAUGUGUGCUCACAUUGAUGCACAAGUACGAAUAUUAGCUUGGAGCAUAUUAUAUCUGGUAUCAGAAACAAUUGCAAUACCACCGGAGGCUAACAAAAAGUCGAAAAGUUCAGAUAAUUCUGGAUCGGAAAUGUUAUCGAAUGAACUUUCAUAUUUACCGGGUGGUUUUAUAGCAUGCUGUCUAAGCACCCUAUUGGAUAUUAAAGAAAUAACACAUGUUCGACAAUUGGCGGGCCAAUUGUUUGCUAAUCUAAUACAAAAACGAAAUGACAUCGAAGAAAUAGAGCAAAUUUUUGAGCAACAUCGUUUUCUCAACUUCAUUGGUGCAGAAGCUCUUAACAAAGAAAUUUGUGUUUUAAGUAGCGAAGUUCCCAAUGGACUGGAACCAUCCAACACUAAACAGAUUACCACAUGUGGUCUUAUUGCAUGCUACACACGUAUAUGCAUUGAAAUGUCAUUGCAAUCUCCAGCAUUCUUGAAUGAGAUUUGUACCCGUUCUUUUAUGUUUAAAUUAUAUGAAAUAUUGAAAUUACCCUUACCAUCAGCGCCGGAUAUUUCCAACGAAUAUAUAACCAUGAUUGCCUUGAUUUGUCGUCUUUAUACUAUGUGUUACACCGAUAAUUACAUAUUUCUGCAGCGUACAAUAUGUCGAGAUCCAAUAUGGCUAGAUAAUCUCUGCAAAAUUGUAUUCUCCAUUGAUCCCAACGCCACGGAACCAUACAAAAUUGUCGAUAUGUUACAAUUGUUAAUGGUCCUCCUUAAAGAUCCCAACGCAUUAGAACAUCUUACAACAAAAAUGUUGGAAUAUAGUUUAUAUAUUGUAAACAUGUUUAAGCAUGCCCUGUCCACAAGUCGUAUAGGCACAAUGUUGCAACGAUGCAUGUUAUCAGUAUUAAGCUUGCUUUGUAUUAAAGCCCAACCAGAAAUUGGUGGUGAUCUGUCGUGUAAUGUUUUAUUGCUGCUAAAUGGUUCGAAUAUCGAAGAAGCCAUUGCGGAUGAUAAGGUUAUUGAUCUUGAAUGUGAAAAUAAAGAGAAUCAUAUCAACAAUAAUAACAACAACAAUGUGAAGAGAAGAAGUAAAAAUGGCGAAAAUGGAAUUAAAGAAGACAAAAAAUCAACCACAACAAUAUCCGAACAUUUAUGUAUAUACUUAAUACGUUUAUUCACCCAUCUGUAUCCUUUAAAAGUUUGCAAGUUCAUAUCCGCACCCACUGAAGCUCAACAACAAGUUGUCGAAUCUUUAUCGCUAUUGCUGAAAGUGUCACCUAAUGCUCAGGAAGCGGCACAAAAUCUUAAACUCAAUGAAAAAAUUGUAAACAUUUUCAAAACAUUCUUCGAAGAAUACUCCACAACACCAUGUACGACAUUUGUAAAACGUCAUGGUGAGCAUAAGAAAUUGGCAGUGAUAAGAAAUCUUCAACUUUUGUUAAAAUGUCUUCUCAACUGGCAUUCUUCGCCCACCAUGGUAAUAAGUGAUGAUGUUUUGGCAUUGGAAUAUAGUAAAAUUAUUAUACAAAUUUGGCCAUGGAUGGUACAUUCGACUGAACUAAAAUUAACUCUAUUACAAGUUGCGGCUUUCGUUUGUGAACGUUCGCUGGUGAUGUGUAAGCGGUUUUCGACCAUAAACAACACAUCGUUCGCGCAUUCUGUAUUACAAUUGACCACUAAACUAAUUCUUGCCGAUACUAUGAAAAUUAAAGCAGCCAAUACGGAUAGUUUUCCUGUUAUAUCUUCGGGUCUAAGGGUAUUGAUAAACUGCUGCAGUUCUGUGGAAGGCAGAAAUGUUUUGAUAAAAGCUCGCGUUACGGAUAUAUUUGAUAGUUUAUAUCCAUUCAAUAGCAAAGCUGCACGUAUCAAAUCUGACAUUGUAAAUGCCUGGCUUUCAUUUUGGGAAAUAUUAUCGCGUUAUGAUGAAGGUGCCCAGACUCAUCAUUUAAAUGCUUUGUGCUCUGUUAUAAAUCGUUCUAAAGGAGAUACACGUCUAAUAUCAUUGAAGAUUUUACGAAAUAUGAGUUUCUUGAAUAGUAAUCGUAUCGUACUUUUAACAUCAUCUGACUUUAUAUAUACAGCGAAUGAAAUUAUUUCCCAAUCUAUUGCUCCAAAAUCAUCUGUCGAAGAACAGUUGGCAAUAUGUGUUGCUCUAUGGAAGCUAAUAAGUGGAGGAGUAAAAUUUGUGGCUAUGAUUCGUGGUACAAAACUAUCAAAACAGUUAAGACUUUUAAGAGAUUCACUCAAGUGUCUUUUGUUGGAGAGCAAUGAAAAAAUCGAUUAUGGAAAGGGAUUAUUAAAAGUAUUGGAUAUUAUUUUUAAAAUGUUUGAAACAUAA